AUGGCAACUAUGGCAUCUGCUGUCCGCGAUAUCGCGAUGACCUCCGGCCGAGACAACUUAACUGCUGUAGCGGCCCGGAGUGUCCCUGUGACAACCAACCCGACCAAUCCGACCGACCUCCCGACCCCCCCGAACUCCAUAUCGCCCUCGCUGCCUCCGCAUGGGCUCAAGGCCCAGCUGCGGCGCGCGCGGCUCGACUCGAUCGAUUCGGACUUGGAUCUGAUGGAGGGUGGGGGGGAACAAGCCGCCGGACUCGGGUCACCACCCUACGACUCGUCCGGCGCUAUCACCCCGGCCAUGCUGGCCAAGUUCCACCUCCCCGAGAUCCUGCUGAGCCACGGCCCGCUGCCGAUCCGGCAUCUGAUGGGCUACCUGACCACGUCGGUACCGGGCUUUGCCGGGAUCGCUCCCGCGAAGGCGCGCCGGCUGGUCGUGGGGGCUCUAGAGGGCAAGGGAACCGGCAAUGAAGGAGGCGGUCUGGACGGCGAUGUGGAAUUCAUGAAGGUGGGCUGGGGCCGGUGGGAUGCGAAGCAACGAGGCCAGCCUCCCCGGGGUUCGCUUUCGCGCCACGCAUCACCCGGCGCCCACCCCAACAGCAUACCCAUCAUCAAGACCCCCGGGUGGAGUACAGACCGGUCGCGCCUGGGCGCAAACCUCGGUACGAGCCAGGGCGGUUACUCGGCCGCUUUCUCGCACGACGACCGCUUUGCGGACGCGGACAUGGACAUGAUGGACCACGAAGCCGACAAGAUGUCGCUCGACGGCUCCGGGUCCGCGUCAUGCUCCGAGGCUCCGGACGACGACGAGAUGCGAAGGCAUAACGACGACCCGGAAGACGCGACCGACGACGAGGACUGGGCAGCUGUCGGCGCCGCGGCACUCCGCGCAUCGUCGUACCAGACCCAGUCCAACCAACAACAAUCCCCUUUCAAUAAUGUACAUACUUUCGGUGGCGGCGUCCGCUCCUUCUCGGCGGGCAUGGCGCGCGCGCCGCAGCUGAGCCCGUCACCCCGCAACUUCAACUUUCCAGCAUCGGCGCUGGGAGUCGUGGCCGCCGACGCACAGGAGCGUGAGGCUGUCGAGGCUCUUCUUAGUCUUGGGUCUAUGUAA